UAAUAAGUUGACAUUUAUUUGAGAAGCAGAAUUACGAAGACCCAAACCCUGGUUAGGGUUUAAGCACAUCACGGCAAAAAUGGCGGCAAGGUACGUCAUGCUCAGAACCUCCGCAAGAACCCUUUUCCAACAGCAUCAGUCUCCUCUUCAACAUUCUCUCUCUGCAUUUCCGUUAAUCAGAACCCUCCAUUCCCUCGUUGCCCGGCACUUUAACACUACUAUAUUUCCUAACCCUUAUUCUGGAACCUUCCGAGGCAUGGUCUCCGCCCCAAACCCUAAUCUGCCUGAAGCUCCUUCGCUCGCCCUCGAUGAUCGCGUACCCGCUACCGUCAUAACCGGUUUUCUUGGCUCUGGAAAGACUACUCUCCUUAACCAUAUUCUCACAUCUCAACAUGGUAAACGGAUAGCGGUAAUUGAAAAUGAGUUUGGUGAGGUUGAUAUUGAUGGGUCACUGGUUGCUAGUCAUUCUUCUGCGAGUGAAGAGAUUAUCAUGGUUAACAAUGGUUGCCUCUGCUGCACUGUACGAGGAGAUCUUGUCAAAAUGCUGUUGGAAUUGGUUAGGAAAAAACGAGACAAGUUUGAUCAUAUAGUUAUUGAAACAACAGGUCUUGCGAAGCCUGCUCCUGUUAUUGAAACAUUUUGCAGUGAUGAAUUGGUCUCACAGCAUGUGAAACUUGAUGGAGUUGUGACUUUGGUUGACUGCAAGCAUGCCAUGAAACAUUUAAAUGAAGUGAAACCAAGAUUUGUGGUUAACGAGGCAGUAGAACAAGUUGCAUAUGCUGAUCGUAUUAUUUUGAAUAAGAUAGAUUUGGUUACUGAGUCCGAGUUAAAUUUAUUGACUAAGAAAAUUAAGCACAUCAAUGGGAUGGCACAAAUUACGCAAGCUAAAUUUGGAUCUGUUGACAUAGACUUUGUUCUUGGUGUGGGAGGAUAUGAUCUUGAGAGAAUUGAAUCUGAGGUACCUGGAGAAUGUCCAUCUGCUUCAAGCCAUCGGGAUGAUAAUGGACAUGAACACGAAGGGCAUCACCAUCACCAUCAUGACCAUGUGCAUGAUUCUACUGUCUCCAGUGUCAGUAUUGUUGCAGAGGGAACUCUGGAUCUUGAUGAGGUUGACGAUUGGCUUGAGAGAGUGAUUGAAGAAAAAGGAGAGGACCUCUACAGAAUGAAAGGUGUCUUGUCAGUGGAUGGUUCUGAUCAGAGAUAUGUGUUUCAGGGGGUGCAUUCCAUGUUGGAUGGCUGUCCAGGAAAAACAUGGGAACCUAACGAGAAGAGGACAAAUAAGCUCGUUUUCAUUGGAAGGAAUUUGGACGAAACCGCCCUUAGAAAAGGCUUUAGAGGUUGUAUAGUAUAGCAUUACAAAAUUAUUUCAGGUUCUGAAGCAGCCUUGAUUUUGGAAUCUGGAUGGAUUUACAGACUCACUUAUUUUGUAGUAUGAAUAAUUAUAUCAUAGCAUUGCUCACUCGGGUCAAA